AUGUCAGAUGAUGAAGACAAUGAUACUACCAAACCAUUUCUGACGCAGGUGGUACCAUCACCGCUCAUCACCAAAGAGAAUUUGGCACUGGCACAUCCGGAUUACUCGGAAGGAACAGAUGAUAGGGGUUUCUGGAAUGCAGAAAGCAGGCCUGUUGAAUGGGGCCAGGACUCUGAUAUCGCCACGGCAGUGAAGUAUUCUGUUCGUCAUCACCCGCAGAAAUGCGACAAGUGCACCAAAUUGGGUGUGGCCUGUCUUGUCCUCCCAGAUAAAAAGUUCAGAUGCAUUCGACUUGCCUGCACUAAUUGCAAUGAUAUGAAGAUCACAUGUGCGAUCAACGGAGUUGGCGUCUGGGAAAGAAUGCAGGCAAAGGCAAAGGCCAAAGCGGCAGAAGACACCUGCAACCCUGUCAGACGCUCCAAGUCAUGUGCCCCCAAGUCCCGAGUUGUGAACAAUGCUCCGGUCAAUACCAGGUCCCGGAAGACUGUGAUGCCGCCAGCUCUUUCCUCUUCGGAAGUUGAGCCUAACAUCAUUGAAUGUGCAGACUCUGCGCCGGAUGCUAACCCAUUGUGCGUUGAUGUUUCACCGGUUCACACAGAGGUUCAACUGAUGCCUACAAUGUGCCCAUCGGUGCACGCUGAGGCAGAAGUGCCGCAGGCAGUCAAUCCCGCGGAGCCCGAGCCAACUGCGAGGGACAUCCUGCAGAGCAUCCAGGACCUCGGAAGAUGGCUUGAUCUUCUCGCCACCAAUGAAAGGGUCGAUGAGUUGGAUGCAAGACUGGGUCCGGUGGAAGAUAUCUUCGGGCAGCGAUUGAGUGCACUUGAGCAAUGUCUCAAUUCAUCAGAUACAGAAUGGAGAGCAAUGUCAGCUUCCGUUGGCCAUUUAACCAUUGCUCUCCACGACCAUAAAGAUGAUCUGACUGCACACCGUUCCCGGAUCAACACUACCGCUUAUGCCCCCCCUACUCAUGUAAAUGCACACCUCCCGGCCUGGCUCGCUCAAAGUGAUGAAGACCCGCACAUCUCAGUACUGACCGUCACUACUGACAAGGUUGUUCCACCAGGCGAUGAACAGGGUUUCUGGGACGCAGAAACUCGGCCUACAGAAUGGGGCUCAGAUGCUCAUAUCGCCACUCCAUGCCAGCAUUCCAUUCAUUACCAUCCUUGGCAGUGCGACAAGUGCACGAAAUUGGACAUACCCUGCGUUGUCCUUCCGGACAAAAAGUUUGGAUACACUCGACUUGCAUGCACAAAUUGUGACCAGAUGAAGAUCACCUGUGCGAUCGACGGCAUCGGUGUCAGGCAGAGAAUGCAAGAAAAGGCGGCCGCGGCUGCAUCAAGACACUCCGGAACGCUCAUUAAGAAGUCCCGCGAGAUCUCCAAGACCCCGGUUAAGAGAACCCUUGCCCAACCCCCUCGGGUUGAACUCAACAUAGUUGAAGAGGAGAAGCAACAGCCUGGCCCGCCGCCUGGUGUGCCCAUGCACACAGUCCCAACUGUUGGCACAAGCCUUCGGCCAGAACAGGAUGAUCAGACUGCGCCAGCCAACAUCGCCGAUCCCGAGCCAACUGCAAGAGACAUCCUGCAGGGCAUCCGGGACCUCAGCAAGAGAUUGGAUCUCUUCGCCACCAAUGAGCGUGUGGACACCAUGGAGAUAAGAGUGCAUUCGGUGGAGAAUAUCCUCCACCAGCGGUUGAACGCACUGGAGCAACACCUCAACGCCUCGGAUGCCCGGUAA